AUGGCAACUCUCUACCUUCCUAUCCAACAGAGAACUUUCUCUUUCGGCACAAACUCAACCAAACAUAAAAUUGGCGUCCAAGAUCUGCACUUGCCAGCCCAAGUAAGAUGUUCGUCUACAAGGGAUUGUCCCCAUAAAUCUGCAGAUAUUAUAUGCAAAUUUAAGGAACUUAGGAACGUGGCUUGUGGGGUUCUUGCUGUUUGGGCUGUGACCUCUCUUUCACCUGUCAUUGCUGCAAAUCAGAGGCUACCGCCUCUGUCAACGGAACCAAAUAGAUGCGAGCGUGCAUUCGUGGGCAACACAAUUGGGCAAGCCAAUGGAGUUUACGACAAACCACUCGACCUCCGAUUUUGUGACUACACUAACGACAAGUCAAACCUCAAGGGGAAGUCUCUGGCUGCGGCUCUCAUGUCUGAUGCCAAGUUUGAUGGGGCUGACAUGACCGAGGUUAUUAUGUCAAAGGCUUAUGCAGUUGGAGCAAGUUUUAAGGGCACAAACUUUUCAAAUGCUGUUUUGGACCGUGUAAAUUUCGGGAAAGCCAAUCUGGAAGGAGCGGUGUUUAAGAACACAGUUCUUUCAGGUUCGACUUUUGACGAGGCUCAACUUGGAGAUGUGGAUUUCGAGGACACCAUUAUUGGUUACAUCGACUUGCAGAAGCUGUGUGUAAAUAAGACUAUCAAUGAUGAAGGGAGAACUAAUUUGGGAUGCAGAUAA